GGGGUACAGAUCUGCCCCCUCCUCAUUAUUUAGCAGCUCUAGCCCUGUCCUGACAUGGCAGCGGAACUCGCUUCCAGGGCACUUGACAAGGAGUCAAUAGAUUAAUUGCGCGGCUGAGGAGGACUCCGGAACAUCACACCCUCCCCUUGUUCCUGCCGGUUGGCUGUGACCAUAGCAACCGCUUACUCCAGACCAAAGUCCAGCCGCUGGAAAUCUUUAUGACCGUGUUCAUAGUCCAGUGCACACUAGUGUAACCCUUCCUGUGAGGAGCACGCGCUGCUGUUUUACAACAAAGUCCUAGCCUCCGUUUCUAAAUUCUGGACCUCAGCUGAUAAGGUCCAAAAAGAGCAUAGAAAGGUCUUUCUGCUCCCUCCUGGGAAAAAAAAUGCCGACGACAACGAAAACGUUGACGUUCUUAUCGGGUUUCUUCACCAGCUUUGGGGCUUCCGUGGUGCUCUGCGCCGUUCUGGGGACCCACCAGUGGGUCAGCAGCACCAUCGCCAUCAGCGACUCCUCUUCCAACGGCAGCAUCGUCCUCACCUACGGGCUCUUCCGCGGCCAGAGCACCCAGGAGCUGCAGGGCGGCCUCGCGGAAGGAGACAAAGACUUUGAAGUUCUAGGGACACUGGCCCGGUCUUCCCCGAAGACUCUGCACUCGGUGGUCAUCUCGUCCCUGACCCUCAGCCUGGCCACGGCGCUGCUGAGCGCGGGCUUCACCUUCUACAACAGCAUCAGCAACCCCUACCAGACGUUCCUGGGGCCGCUGGGGGUGUACACCUGGAGCGGGCUCAGCGCGUCCCUCGCCUUCCUGGCCUCCGUGCUGUUCGUGGCGAACGUGCAGUCCAACCGCCUCUCAGAGGAGCUGGCCGGCGCGCUGUACUCGCCGCACCUGCUGGCCGCCCGCGGGGCGGAGGCCCACCGCUACGGGUACUCCUUCUGGCUCGCGCUGCCCGUGCUGCUGCUGAACGGCGCCACCGUGGCCAUCGUCGUCCUGUACCAGAGGGCUCGGCACAGGCGGAAGCAGGAGAUGAGGAAGCCGAUGGAGGACGCCCCGCGGGACGGGAUUUUAUUCUGAGUCCCGCCGGGGGCCCGGGGCUCGGCAGGCGACUCGGGGCGUGGCCCGUGGGCCAGCCGGGCUGGCCACUCGGAGGGUCCCGUGCAGCCCCGGCUGGCUGCCUUUCUGUGAUAGUUUUUGUAUCUCGUGACACUGUGUUCUUCAUCAAGGACCUCCGCUUGCAGAGGGUCCUCCCCUUGCGAGGGUGGGGAAGGUGAGCGGGGGCGCCCUCCGGCCCGUGGGGCGGUCACGGCGCUGGAAUGACCGCGGCCCCCAGACCCUCCGGCCAGCCCCCCUGUCUGCAGCACUGCGGGUGUGUGUCACGCCUUUCCCGGGAGAAGCUCAACGCACCUGAGCGCCUGCGGUCUCUUCUCCCGGUGGGGGACCAUGCAGCUCUCAUUUCACUCCACGAACAAAGGUGUCCAGUACAGAGGGGUUCGGAACUCGUCUCGCCAGGACCAGGUGCUGGAGGCAGCAGGCAGGACUUCGGGGUGCACCACCUGGCCCCCCCAGACCCUCCGUCGCUGACCCAACCAGCCCAGUGGUGCGCUGAGGUGCCAAUACCCAUCCUGGAGCUUUUGUAAGGAGAUCAGAACGUGAAAAGACAGAAGGAAAACAAAGCUCGUUACCCUGCAGCCUAUGUAGUGAAGAGGGGAAAUGCAGUUUCGGUUUAAAAGCGCUGUGGGAAAUUCCGUUGGAACACGACAGUAAUGUUGCAGAACGUUCCAGAGACCCCCACCAACCCACCUGUGCCUGGUCAUUUCCGUUUCGACACAGGUGUCGUUGGCCGCCCACGUGCAGGCUCCUGCCCAGCUGGGGGCCCAGGAAGA